AUGCCUCAACAAACACCCAGAAGACGACUCGGCUAUCCUGUAUCUACUCCUCCUGUAUCUACUCCUCCUAACAACCCUCCGAGAUCACCCCGUCCGGGAGCCACGUACGCGAAUGGAGAGGAGACGAGCCUCAUCUCCUUCAAGCAUCAACUCGCAUACUUCCAACGGCUGCUCGGGUCAGUCUAUACACCCGCAAGUACUGGAACACCCAUACCCUCGGCAGAGUCAGCCGGCCACAUCGUGACGGCGGUCCGGGAGGCCAAGCCCAAAACCGUGAAGUUUGCAGCACCUUCACCGUCUGUGAGCUCUGAGGAAGAUUCGGAGGACGAUCCACGCAUCGUGACCGGCUCGAUAUAUAGCCCCCCUAGCAGCCCUCAAGAGCCUCCUCAACCGCCGCCCAAGAGCCCACUUAGGCAAAAACAGGAGAGACCUACGCAAGGCCAAUUGCCGGCACCGACACCUCCACCUAAGCACGCGCUUCCGGAAAUACCGCCCACGACUCCCUUACGACUGUCCGCCUACGGUGUAUCCGGCAGCCAAGCCGCAAGUCCGGCGCGUGCUAACACGCCAAUGCGGGCUGAGGCCUCCUCCAACUCGUCCUCCGCUCAGCAUCAGCCAGGCGUGGGCCUUGGAGAUCAAACGUUCGGAUCGGAUCCUCGGUCUCCUUCGGUCACGUCAGGGUCUGGCACCACGCCUUCGCGCGGGCGUCCAACCGUCAAUAUUCGGGAUUGUCGUGUCCAUGGCGAGACCUAUGCGCAUGGAUGCGAAUGGUGUCACACUGAUCCCAUUGUUAGGGUGGUAGAGAUCCCACGCUGGGACGAAUAUGUGCCAGCAUGGCGACGCAUGAACCGGCCGAGGCAAGCCUGA